AUGUCUUCUCCUCUUCGCAUCGGCUUCGUGCCAGAACAUUUCUCGACACCUCUUCACUUCGCUCAGAAACACUUCGGCCUCGAUGCAACUCUCAUUCCCUUCCCAUCCGGAACAGGCCAUAUGGUCACAGCCAUUCGUUCCGGUGAAAUUGAUGUAGCUGUUGGUCUAACUGAGGGAUGGAUUGCAGGUUUAGGCAAGGAAGGUGUUGAAGGAGACGGUGGAUAUCGCCUUGUUGGAACUUACGUCGAGACUCCCCUCUGCUGGGCAAUCUCCACAGGCGCAAAGCGUCCAGAAAUCACAUCCGUCGACUCUCUCAAGAACGGCAAAAUCGGCGUCUCACGAAUCGGCUCAGGCAGCUAUGUGAUGGGCUUCGUGCUAGCUGACCAACAAGGCUGGCUAACCCCUGGCGCCGCAGCAAAGCCCUACAAAGAAACAGUAGUCCUCAACACCUUUGAGAACCUACGCAAUGCCGUCAACAGCGGUGAAGCCGACUUCUUCAUGUGGGAACACUUUACGUCCAAGAAGUUCUACGAUUCUGGUGAGAUCCGUCGCGUUGGUGAGAUCUACACUCCCUGGAGCAGCUGGAAGAUCGUCGCUUCGACCAAGUUGACGCAGGACGGCUUGGAUGCUCGUGUGAAGGAUCUGUUUGGAAAGUUGGACCAGGGUAUUAAACACUUUAAUGAGAACCAGGAGGAGUCGGUGGCGUAUAUCUCGAGCAGUCUUGGCUACACGGAGCCUGAUGCGCGAGAGUGGCUCAAGACAGUCAAGUUCCCUACAAAGACCGAGGGAGUUCGCCCUGAGGUGGUGCAGAACACCGUCAACAUCUUGCGAAAGGCCGGAGUUUUGGAAGAAGGCAAGGGAAUGGAACCUCAAGCCAUGGUUUUCUCAUCCUAA